AUGCGUUCACUGUUAUCAUUGGUUGCCCUUGCAGCAGGUCUGAUUCAUCAGACAUUAGCUAUUCCUGCUUUCCCAGGAGCAGAAGGCUUUGGUGCCAAUGCUAUUGGGGGUCGUGGCGGGUCUGUGUAUGUUGUAACUAAUCUGAACGACAGUGGAAGUGGAAGCUUCCGUGACGCCGUGAGCCAGCCGAACCGCAUCGUUGUUUUUGCCGUUGGUGGAGUGAUCAAAAUCUCAAGUCGGGUUGUCAUUAGCCAUCAUGUCACUAUUGCUGGUCAAACGGCGCCUGGCGGAGGUAUCACCAUCUAUGGAAACGGUGUUUCUUAUUCGAAUGCCCACCAUACCAUCACUCGCUAUGUUCGCUACCGUAUGGGCAAGGGGGGUGAUAGUGGCAAGGAUGGAAUCACAAUUGCCGACGGGCAUGAUAUGAUAUUCGACCAUGUCAGCGUAUCUUGGGGUCGAGAUGAGACAUUCUCCAUCAAUGGCGAAGUCUCGAACAUAACAAUAUCGGACACUAUUAUUGCUCAGGGCCUCGAGACUCACUCUUGUGGUGGACUUAUGCAAACAAAUACAGGAGGUGUUAGCAUCAUCCGAUCUCUAUACAUUGAUAACAAAACUCGUAACCCCAAAGUCAAGGGGGUCAACGAGUUCGUCAACAAUGUUGUUUAUAACUGGGGUGGAGGAGGGGGCUACAUUGCCGGCGAUUCGGAUGGCCAAUCAUACGCGAAUAUCAUGAACAACAUAUUCAUCAGCGGCCCUGCGACGAGCGUCAGUCCAUUUACCCGCGGAAAUGCAAACUUCCAUGCAUAUGUGCAGCGUAACUAUUAUGAUCCCAACAGGAACGGUGUACUCGAUGGCUGGGAACUUAGUCAAUCUACUGACAAUUACUCUGGCGUCGACUUCCAAGCCAAACGUUAUGACUACCCAACAGUCAAGACCCUCCUUGCUCCUCUUGAUGCCUAUGCCAAGGUUAUCGCCGGAGUAGGCGCGUCCAAGUCGCGGGACAACGUCGACACACAGCUCAUCAACCAGGUCAAGUCACUCGGCAAGUCUGGCGCGCUCAUCUCUGAUGAAACUGUGUCCCCGUGGAGCUCUGGUGGCCCGAUCGCUGGAGGUACUACACCGAAAGACACGGAUGGAGAUGGGAUGCCAGAUGACUGGGAGAUUGCAAACGGUCUGAACCCGAACGUGAACGACGCUAUGCAGGACAAGAAUGGAGAUGGAUAUGCCAACAUCGAGAACUAUAUCAACUCACUUGUGUGA